ACUCUUCACCUUUGCUCUCAACCCUCACCAUGCCAGUCGCCGUACGCCCACAAACCGCCCCCGGCGGCAUCAAGGCCUAUUAUCAGGCCAAGAUCGAAGCCGCCGAGCUCUUGAUAAACCAGAAGACGCAGAACUUGCGCCGUCUGGAAGCCCAACGAAAUGCGCUGAACGCGCGUGUUCGGCUCCUCAGGGAAGAGCUUCAGCUACUACAUGAGCCAGGAAGCUACGUCGGCGAGGUCGUGAAGGUUAUGGGCAAGACUAAGGUCUUGGUGAAGGUGCAACCGGAGGGGAAGUACAUCGUCGACGUUGACAGCGACAUCGAUGUCAACACGCUCACCCCCUCUCUGCGCGUCGCCCUCCGCUCCGACUCGUACACCAUCCACAAGAUCUUGCCCAACAAGGUCGACCCGCUCGUCUCGCUCAUGAUGGUCGAGAAGGUCCCCGAAUCGACAUACGAGAUGGUCGGCGGUCUCGACAAGCAGAUCAAGGAGAUCAAGGAAGUCAUUGAGCUGCCCGUCAAGCACCCCGAGCUCUUCGAGUCCCUUGGUAUCGCUCAGCCAAAGGGCGUCCUGCUGUACGGCCCACCCGGAACUGGAAAGACCCUCCUCGCGCGCGCGGUCGCGCAUCACACAGACUGCCGCUUCAUCCGUGUCAGUGGUAGCGAGCUCGUGCAGAAGUACAUUGGUGAGGGUUCGCGCAUGGUGCGCGAGCUGUUCGUCAUGGCGCGGGAACACGCACCCAGUAUCAUCUUCAUGGACGAGAUCGACUCUAUCGGCAGCUCGCGUGGUGAGGGUGGUGGAGGCGGUGGCGACUCUGAGGUCCAGCGUACCAUGUUGGAGUUGCUGAACCAGCUUGAUGGCUUCGAGUCGACGAAGAACAUCAAGGUCAUCAUGGCCACAAAUCGGAUAGAUAUCCUUGACUCUGCUCUUUUGCGACCCGGACGUAUCGACCGUAAGAUCGAGUUCCCACCACCAGGGCCAGAGGCUCGUGUCGCCAUUCUUCGCAUUCACUCUCGCAAGAUGUCCCUCCAACGAGGCAUCAACCUCCGGUCACUCGCCGAGAAGAUGGGACAAUGCUCUGGCGCUGAAGUGCGCGGUAUCUGCACGGAAGCUGGUAUGUACGCGCUGCGCGAGCGCAGACAACACGUCACACAGGAGGACUUCGAGUUUGCGGUGGCGAAGGUCCUGAAGAAGAACCAAGAGGGCAACACGUCCGUCAACAAGCUGUUCAACUGAGCUGCUUGUCCGACUUACUUUGCUAUCGCAUUCAUCACCGCAUUUCUGUAUUCAUAUCCCCUUCUUUCUGUAUCCAACACUGCAUUUCAUGUCUUGCUGGAGCCGGAAGAUUUCUUUCUGUUCAUCUGUUUCGAACCUG